GUGAGAGAAAUGAGGAAGGGGGAAGGAAGGCAUUACGGGGAACGUGGUUUAGGCGAGGACGAUCGCCCGUAGUCGUAGUCGAACCACCACGAGAGCGGGGCUGUUGUGCGCGCGGGCUACGCCUUAUAUUCUCGUGUCUCUCUACUCUCUUCUUCUUCUUCGUCAUCAUCAUCAUCAUCAUCAUCAUCAUCAUCAUCUUCAUUAUCAUCAUCAUCAUCAUCUUCAUCAUCAUCAUCAUCUUAUCUCUCUCUUUGUAUAUAUACUUUCGAACUAAACUCUCGGUCUUUAACUCGAGCGACUUAACGCAAUGCGUUUUUGAGUAAAAACGAGAGAGAGAGGAGAGAAAAAAAAAGAUAUAUAUACACACACACAUAUAUAUAUAUAUACCGAGUGUUUUGAAAGGAGCAGUACAAGAGGAAGAAGAUUCUCGUUUCGUUCCGGACAUCCGAGCUCCUUGCUGCUAGUUUCAUAUAAUAUAUAUACGCAUACGUACACACACAUACAUAUACGUACGUGGCUGUUUACGUGUAUACGUAGAUGCGUUUGUCUCUCUCAUGUGUUCGUCGGCAGUGCGACGAAUUUUUCUUUGAGGAAAUAACGGACAUAAGAGGAAGAAGAAGUAGUAGUAGAGGUAGUUCGUCGGACGAGUGGAAGAGAACGCGAGGAUAAACGAGAGAAGAAGAGAGGAAGGAAGAAGUGGUGGAGCAAGAAGGGGAAGAGGAGAGAGAAGAAGAGGAUAAAUAGAAGCAGCGAAGAUCACCGGCCGUAAACACGCAUGAGGGUCUCAUGGCUACCGGAUUGGUGAAGUGGUGGCGAGCAAGGUUCCUUGCGGGCUACAAACCUUUUUCUGUCGUCGGAGGGAAUACCGAGGGCAGCGAUUCGGAGGAACUGUUAGGGAGCGUCGCGACGCCCUGCACCGGUUCACCCCCGCUACCAGCGGAAUCGCCACAGGUUACGGUCGAUGGAACUGCCAGUCCGGCACCACCAGCUCCAGGAAAUGACGAACGGCCUACCAGCAGUACGACGAAACAGCUCAGCUUCGAGGAAUUCGAGUGCGACGUAUCGGUUGCGGAGGGUGAUCGAAGGAGGCAAGAGUUUUCAUUUACGCUCUACGACUUCGACGGGCAUGGAAAGAUAACGAAGGACGAUAUAGCCGGUCUGGUUACAACCAUUUACGACACUCUUGGUAGGUCCAUCCAAGUGCCACCGUGCGGCAGUAAAACGAUUAAGGUCAAGCUGACUGUAUCGCCUGAUCAGCGUGCCGGACAAACGCGUACCACCUGCCCGAAUUCUCAGCAAGGGCCAACGACAACGACCACUACGACGACGACAACUACCACGAGUCUGCCGGCCAAUUCGCCUUGCUGCCACGUCAAGCACGCGGCCUCGUGUACCGGUGGUAGUCAUCAUCAUCACUCGACGACAACUCAGACGCAUGCCACUCAUGGCUCGCGCAAAGUUCCUAGAAGGAGAAGACCUAUUCGGCAUCGAUGUCAGACGCAACAAAGAGAAGCAGAGACGCACAGCGAGGACGACGCCGAGAACACGCGAAGCAGCCGCGUGAAACAGGAAGAACUCCGUAGGAGGGUCGGCCCUGUUCCUCAUUUACCAUCGCCUUAUUCGAACAGUUCGGAGGGUGAUGUCAGCGACGACAGCGAUACUUCGCCCGCUUUUUCUCCCUUCACGCCCUUACUCAGCACGAAUCAACGAAAACGUAGCGGCGCACUUCAGAGGCAACAACUGUUAGAAAUUAUACAGGCAAACAUGGAAAAGAACAAUCUCAGUUUUCAUACACCGAGGAAACGACAUCAAAACGAACAUGUACGCGUUCCAUCUCGAAGCCCACAUGUCGAGCCAACGAACGUUCAAACAUCGAAUUACAAUCAAAGCUGUCGACCACCCUCGGAGUCUCGACAAUCGACGACGACUUAUCACAAACCGGUUCGGGAAAACUCCCAUCACACGGUUGCAUUUUCCAAAUUACCAACGAAAACGCGAGGGAACUUGAGAAAGACGCGGGGGCAACACGGUAUCCAACAACAACAACAACAACAACAGCAACAACAACAACAACAACAACAACAACAACAACAACAACAACAACAACAACAACCACAACAGCAACAACAUAUUAUUAUUCAGCAGCAAGGGCAACAACAACAGCAACAGCAGCAGUUGUCAGCUGUUCGCAACAUCAUCGGUCCCACGAUAAACAACGAAACUCAACAUUUGUUAGGAAAUCGCAACAUCGUCAAUCUUAUACCAAAUAACAAUCAACAGGGUCAAAUUAUAAAUCAAAGUCCGAUGAUAAAUAAUCACAAUGUUCAGAGGCAAACGACAACAACAGUGGAUCCAAGCCAAUACAUUCAAUCACAAUCUCAAUGCGGUAAAGCUAGCAAGAAACAUCAAUUGAAACACGCUACAAGAGAACAGGAUCAAGCUAGGGCAAUGGCGCAAGUCGUUCGCUGGCUCGAACGCGAAUUUUCUCAAAACGCUGCCGCUGCUACUACCGGAAGGAGACACGUUCACGAGCAUAUUCAUCAUCAUUAUCAUCACUAUCACGCUGAGGCUCUCGUUUGAUCGUCUUUUUUCGAGGAGACAUCACCCUUGUCGUUAUCAGUGUCGUUAUCGUUGUCGUCGUUGCUGUCGAUGAUGCAUGUUACGCACAACUUUGCCUUUCUUUCUUUUCAGGAUGACACGGAAGGAGAAUGCUGAGAUGCGCGCACCGACGAUUUUUGUUCGCAAACGAAAUGUCGGACAAAAGAAUCGAUUUUCUGGGUCGCUCUUCUUCUUUCUUCCAUCUAUUCCUAUUUUUUGCGAGAUAGUUUUUUUUCUUUUUUUUUUUUUACGAAUUGUACAUGCACGUCGUUUCUCUGAAAGACUGACUGCUGCUAUAGGAUCGGACUGAAGAUUGAAAUUCUUUAGGAUCGUAGUGAAUAAUGAAUUAUUGGAAUUCUUGACGAACCUUUGAGAGAAAAGAUAUUUUCAUCUUUCUUUUUGACAUUCAUCCUUUUUUUCCAGGGUAUUCUUACAUCGAUGUUGCAGUUGUUUAACAGGAAAAAAUGUUUGUUAGAAUGGGAUCGUGUAAAGGGAGAAGAUAUUUUUUGAUCGAUAUGAUCGUAAAUAUCAUUGACGAAAUUGACUCUGAAAAAAGUGAUACGAUUCACUCGCGAUUAUAAUGCAUUAUUCUCGAAUCUCGAAGCGCAAAUGAAGUAAAUUAAAUUAAAUUAAAUUAAAUUAAAUUAAGUUAAAUUAAGUUAAAUUAAAAUUAAAUUAAAUUAAAUUAAAUUAAAUUAAAUUAAAUUAAAUUAAAUAACGAGUAGCUGAAAAAUCUCAAGCACGCCUAGGACCCACUCUAUUAAUGGUGCUUCUUUUUUUUAGCUUAAAACGAAUCGUCGUUCCGUAUUUUUUUAUUGGCCUACGAUUAAUAAUUCAUAACAAGAGCCUAUUUUAGAACGUUAAAAAUGAAUUAUGAUGUUAGAUUUUUAUUAACGAACGUAAUCCAUUGACUAAUGCAAUACGCAAAGUCCAAAAAAAUAAAGUAAUUGCGCCAAGUUUCUUCUUUCGGUUUUUCUUUUUCUUUCUUUUUCUUUUUUUUUAAUAUUUUUGUGCACUAAACAAUUAGAAAAAAGACGCGAAUUUUACUGCGUUUUAAAAUUCGUACGCGUAAUAAUGAACGAUCGAUCGAACGAAUACGCUUCGUAUAAUCAAUCAAGUAACUGAUGUUGUAAAUACGUGCAUGUAAUCUUAUGUUAAAAAAGAAAAAAAAAAAGAAAAAAAAGAAGAAAAGAAAAUGAAAAAAAAAACAGGUUUUUUUCCUGCGCGUAUUAAGAUUAAAUAAAAGAUCUCAGGCGCUACGUUUUAUUAAAAAAAUAUAUAUAUAUAUAUAUUAUCUAAAAAAUUAUGAAGUACGAUAUAUAUACAUACAUAUAGAAUGCUUUAAAAUUCUUGACAAUAUUUCGUAGAGAAGUAUCGCGCUGUAAAAGCGACACUUUAUAUAAAUAAGAACUUUAUUUCGAAAUACGUAAGAGUUUUAGGUAGAUCACGUUCCACAAUGGAUUACGUAUAAAUUAUGAAGCAAAAUUAUAUAUUUUCAAUCGAAUGACCCGAUAUAUUCUAUGAGCUUAGAAAA